AAGGCUCUUUCAAAACCUGGUUCUUCUCAGCAUAGUUCAGUUUCUUCUCUGAUUCUGCAAAAAUUUUCAAAAAUGGUAUUUUUUAUUUCAUUCUUAAUUGGGAUACAGAUAGUUCAUACAUUGGCUGCCUCAACAGCUCCUUCCUUUGUUUACCCAUCAUGCAAUUCUUUGGUGGUAAAGGCUGCAGCAGAAGUGGCACUUAACAAAGUCAAUUCAAAUCGGAAACAAGGCUACAUUCUUGGCCUCCAGCGUAUUUUUGAUGUCCACGAACUACCCAAGAAAAAUGGUGAUUCCCUUUUCUACCUCAUCAUGGACGUGUUGGAAACCAAAUGCCAUAUCCAGAGCGGGAAAAAGUGGAAGGAGUGCGAGUUUAGAAAUGAAGAGGGAGCAGUCUUUGGCCAAUGCAAAGCAAUACUUCAGUUCAACAGUAAUUCAAAGAGGUCAUUCGUGUACAAAUAUGGCUGCGCUUUACGCCCUUUUGCUAGUUCUGUUAUUACACGUCUUUGCCCCGACUGUCCAAGACCCGGAAACCCUUCUGACGACAAUUUUCAGAAGAUAGCAAGAGAGACACUGGCCAAAUUCAAUGCUGAAAAUGGCCACGAUCGUUAUUUUGCCCUUGUCGAUGUCACCAAAGGAAAGUUACAGUGGAAUUCUGGUCCUUCAUACUAUGUAGAAUACACCAUCCAGGAGACUUCCUGUCCCAAAAGUACACCUGUGUCUGACGUCACUCAGUGCCCUCUCCUCCCAUAUAAAACUGCAGAGAGAGGCCUGUGCAAAGGCUCUGUGAUAAACCAAGGGAUGAAAUUUCAGGAAGCGGUCACUGUAAGCUGCAAUUUCUUCCCGCGUCCGAAACACCAGUCUCCUUUCUCAGUCAGGCAAGUCCUGCCAAACAUUCCUCCCUUCCCCAAAGAGUUUUCUGGAUCAUCUGAAUGCCCAGGAGAUGUUGCAAUAAAUGUCUACGGCCUUCAACUACCCUCCCCACCAAAAGCUAAAACCUCUUGAGCCAAGAUUGAUGUAUAACACUGAAAGCUUAAUUCAGAGGAAGCCUCCCUCCCUCGUCACAGAUUACCAAGAACAGCAGCUACUUUUCUGCUCAAGGCAAUAUUAAAAAAAUAUUCAAUAAAAAUGACUAUGUAGCAUG